CUUCCUGUAUGGAGGCAUGGCCAGUUUCCAGCCCCGCGCUCCUCGUUCCUCCCCAGCCUGCAUCGGAGCCACAACUUUCAGGAGCAUGGACUGAAGGCGCCCUCGCCCCAGCGCCCCUCUGAAAUCCUUUGUGUUUUCCUGCGUUUUCUCCGGCCCUUUCUAUUUUGGGGGGCUCUCUGCUCCCCCCACCUCUCCCCUCCCCUUCCCCGCUUGCAAACAUGCCUCCUUCCUUCCCGGGGCCCUGGAAGGAGCUGCCCGCCUGAAGCCCGGAGGCGCCGCGCCGCGCUCAGCCCCGCCGCCGCCCGCCGGCUCUCGGGCUGUGCUGCGCUGCCGACUCAAGUUGGGGAUCCUCGGCUGCUCGCCGCUGCCGCUCGCGGUCCCUGCCUUCCCUGGGCCCGGGGCAUCGCCGCCGUCCGCUGACUCCUCGCCCUGCCUGCUCGGCUUGCUCCUUUUUGAACGGAAAGCAGCCUUUCUCUGUUGAGAGGAUCGUCCCCAGCGUGGUUCCACGUUCCCGGUCACUUUUUGAGAUUUUUCCGGGGGCGCUCGGCGGUUUCCCAGAUUCCAAGGGGACUCGGGCCGCCGAGCGCGGGGGACCCGGGAAGCAGACAAGCCGGGGAAGCGCCCCGGCUUAGUGGAGGCUCGCACGGAGGCAAGAACUUAUUCAACAAGUUUACCCCCCCUGCUUUUCUCUUUUCGAUGUGCGUUUUCGGACAUGCGGAGGUUACUGGAACCGUGUUGGUGGAUUUUGUUCCUGAAAAUCACCAGUUCCGUGCUCCAUUAUGUCGUGUGCUUCCCCGCGUUGACAGAAGGCUACGUCGGGGCCCUGCAUGAGAACAGACAUGGCAGCUCGGUGCAGAUUCGCAGACGCAAGGCUUCGGGGGACCCGUACUGGGCCUACUCCGGUGCCUAUGGUCCUGAGCACUGGGUCACGUCUAGUGUCAGCUGUGGGGGCCGCCACCAGUCUCCUAUAGACAUUUUAGACCAGCAUGCACGUGUCGGGGAAGAGUACCAGGAACUGCAACUUGAUGGCUUCAACAACGAAUCUUCUAACAAAACCUGGAUGAAAAACACAGGGAAAACAGUUGCCAUCCUUCUGAAAGACGACUAUUUUGUCAGUGGCGCUGGCCUGCCUGGCAGAUUCAAAGCUGAGAAGGUGGAAUUUCACUGGGGCCACAGCAAUGGCUCAGCAGGCUCUGAACACAGCAUCAACGGCAGGAGGUUUCCUGUUGAGAUGCAGAUUUUCUUUUACAAUCCAGAUGACUUUGACAGCUUUCAAACUGCAAUUUCUGAGAACAGAAUAAUCGGAGCCAUGGCCAUAUUUUUUCAAGUCAGUCCAAGGGACAAUUCUGCACUGGAUCCUAUUAUCCAUGGGUUGAAGGGCGUCGUCCAUCAUGAGAAAGAGACCUUUCUGGAUCCUUUUGUGCUGCGGGACCUCCUGCCUGCAUCCCUGGGCAGCUAUUACCGGUACACAGGCUCUUUAACCACCCCACCGUGUAGUGAGAUUGUGGAGUGGAUCAUCUUCCGCAGACCUGUCCCCAUCUCUUACCAUCAGCUCGAGGCUUUUUAUUCCAUCUUCACCACGGAGCAGCAAGACCACGUCAAGUCGGUAGAGUAUCUGAGAAACAACUUUCGACCACAGCAGGGUCUGAAUGGCAGGGUAGUGUCCAAGUCUGCUGUCCGUGAUGCCUGGAACCAUGACAUGAACGACUUCUUAGAAAACCCACUGGGGACAGAAGCCUCUAAAGUUUGCAGCUCUCCACCCAUCCACAUGAAGGUGCAGCCUCUGAACCAGACAGCGCUGCAGGUGUCCUGGAGCCAGCCGGAGACCAUCUACCACCCUCCUAUCAUGAACUACAUGAUCUCCUACAGCUGGACCAAGAACGAGGAUGAGAAGGAGAAGACUUUCACUAAGGACAGUGACACCGACUUGAAAGCAACCAUCAGCCACGUCUCACCCGAUAGCCUUUACCUGUUCCGAGUCCAGGCCGUGUGCCGGAAUGACAUGCGCAGUGACUUCAGCCAGACCAUGCUCUUCCAAGCAAAUACCACUCGAAUAUUCCAAGGGACCAGAAUUGUGAAAACGGGAGUGCCCACAGCGUCUCCUGCCUCUUCAGCUGACAUGGCCCCCAUCAGUUCGGGAUCUUCUACCUGGACAUCCUCUGGCAUCCCCUUCUCAUUUGUUUCCAUGGCAACUGGGAUGGGCCCCUCGUCCAGUGGCAGCCAGGCGACAGUGGCCUCAGUGGUCACCAGCACGCUUCUCGCCGGCCUGGGGUUUGGCGGCGGUGGCAUCUCCUCCUUCCCCAGCACAGUGUGGCCCACACGCCUGCCCACAGCUGCUGCAGCCGGCAAGCAGGCGGGCAGGCCGGUCCUCACAACCACAGAAGCCUUGGCUUCUCCAGGGCCAGACAGCGAUUCAGCACCAACCAAGGACAGUGAGGGCACGGAGGAAGGCGGGGAAAAAGAUGAGAAGAGUGAGAGUGAGGAUGGUGAGCGGGAGCACGAGGAGGAGGGCGAGAAGGACUCUGAGAAGAAGGAGAGGAGUGGGACGACCCGUGCUGCUGAGGAGCAAAACCAGACGGAGCCCAGCCCCACGGCCUCAUCUCCUAACAGGACUACCCAGGACAGGGGGCAUCAGACUAUACCUGGGCAUGAGCCAGACCUCACUGCUGUCCCCACACACCAGCCAGGGGAGAGGAGGGAUGCUGACCCAGAUCUGGACCCUGAUGCCAUCACCUCCACCCAAGUGCCCCCGACAGUCACAGAGGAACAGUAUGCAGGGAGUGAUCCCAGGAGGCCUGACAUGCCAUCCAAAAAGCCCCGAGGGGACCGAUUUUCUGAGGAUAGCAAAUUUAUCACUGUCAAUCCAGAAAAGAACACUUCUGGAAUGAUAAGCCGUCCUGGCCCAGGGAGGAUGGAGUGGAUCAUCCCUCUGAUUGUGGUAUCAGCCUUGACCUUCGUGUGCCUCAUCCUUCUCAUCGCUGUGCUCGUUUACUGGAGAAAAUGUUUUCAGACUGCUCAUUUCUACGUGGAAGAUAGCAAUUCGCCUCGAGUGGUCCCCAAUGAAAGUAUUCCUAUUAUUCCUAUUCCUGAUGACAUGGAAGCCAUUCCUGUCAAACAGUUUGGUAAACACAUCGGUGAGCUCUAUUCUAAUAACCAGCACGGGUUCUCUGAGGAUUUUGAGGAAGUCCAGCGCUGUACAGCUGAUAUGAACAUCACUGCAGAACAUUCCAAUCAUCCAGAAAACAAGCACAAAAACAGAUACAUCAACAUCUUAGCAUAUGAUCACAGUAGAGUGAAGUUAAGACCUUUACCAGGAAAAGACUCUAAGCACAGCGACUACAUUAAUGCAAACUAUGUUGAUGGUUACAACAAAGCAAAAGCAUACAUUGCCACCCAGGGACCUUUGAAGUCUACGUUUGAAGAUUUCUGGAGGAUGAUUUGGGAACAAAACACUGGAAUCAUUAUCAUGAUUACAAACCUUGUGGAAAAAGGAAGACGAAAAUGUGAUCAGUAUUGGCCAACAGAGAACAGUGAGGAGUAUGGAAACAUCAUUGUCACGCUGAAGAGCACAAAAGUACACGCCUGCUACACUGUCCGCUGUUUCUCAGUCAGAAAUGCAAAAGUGAAAAAGGGUCAGAAGGGAAACCCCAAGGGGCGCCAGAAUGAAAGGGUCGUGAUCCAGUAUCACUACACGCAGUGGCCUGACAUGGGAGUUCCUGAGUACGCCCUGCCGGUCCUGACUUUCGUGAGGAGAUCGUCAGCAGCUCGGACACCAGAAAUGGGGCCUGUGUUGGUGCACUGCAGCGCUGGUGUGGGCAGGACAGGCACCUACAUUGUAAUAGACAGCAUGCUGCAACAGAUAAAAGACAAAAGCACAGUUAACGUCCUGGGAUUCCUGAAGCAUAUCAGGACACAGCGCAACUACCUCGUCCAGACUGAGGAGCAGUACAUUUUCAUCCAUGAUGCCUUGUUGGAAGCCAUUCUUGGAAAGGAGACCGAAGUAUCUUCAAAUCAGCUGCACAGCUAUGUUAACAGCAUCCUCAUACCAGGAGUAGGAGGAAAGACAAGACUGGAAAAACAGUUCAAGCUGGUCACACAAUGCAAUGCGAAAUAUGUGGAAUGCUUUAGUGCUCAGAAAGAGUGUAACAAAGAAAAGAACAGAAACUCUUCAGUCGUGCCAUCUGAGCGUGCUCGAGUGGGUCUUGCACCAUUGCCUGGAAUGAAAGGAACAGAUUACAUUAAUGCUUCUUAUAUCAUGGGCUAUUAUAGGAGCAAUGAAUUUAUUAUAACCCAGCAUCCUCUGCCACAUACUACGAAAGAUUUCUGGCGAAUGAUUUGGGAUCAUAACGCACAGAUCAUUGUCAUGCUGCCAGACAACCAGAGCUUGGCAGAAGAUGAGUUUGUGUACUGGCCAAGCCGAGAAGAAUCCAUGAACUGUGAGGCUUUUACCGUCACCCUUAUCAGCAAAGACAGACUGUGCCUCUCUAAUGAAGAACAAAUUAUCAUCCAUGACUUCAUCCUUGAAGCUACACAGGAUGAUUAUGUCCUAGAAGUUCGACACUUUCAGUGUCCCAAAUGGCCCAACCCAGAUGCUCCCAUAAGCAGUACCUUUGAACUUAUCAACGUCAUCAAGGAAGAGGCCUUAACCAGGGAUGGCCCCACCAUUGUUCAUGAUGAGUAUGGAGCAGUUUCAGCAGGAAUGUUAUGUGCCCUUACUACCCUGUCCCAGCAACUGGAGAAUGAAAAUGCUGUGGAUGUUUUCCAGGUUGCAAAAAUGAUUAAUCUUAUGAGGCCUGGAGUAUUCACAGACAUUGAACAAUACCAAUUUGUCUAUAAGGCAAUGCUCAGCUUGGUCAGCACUAAAGAAAAUGGAAAUGGUCCCAUGACAGUGGACAAAAAUGGUGCUGUUCUAAUUGCAGAUGAAUCAGACCCUGCCGAGAGCAUGGAGUCUCUCGUGUGACUGGAAUCCUGAAAGGGCACUUAAUUUGUAAACUUCUGAAAACUGAGAACUUUUUUGAGGCCUUUUUUGCCAGACUCUAGGUUAUACAAUAACCCAAUUACUUUUUUACACUGAUAAAAGUUUUGAUAUUUAUUUUUUGCCAUUUUAUGUCUUAAUGGUAUCCUACUGAGCAUUCGCCCCUCUGUUCAUUUCACACCAUGAAACGCGAUUUUACCUAGUUUGCACUAUGCGUGUAUGAUCAGUGUUAUUGCCUAUAAUCUAAUACUAAAGCAAGCCCUGAUGUGACAUUCCAUGACAACAUACAUGCUACUUUUUAGUUCAGUACAGUGAAGGUCUUUGUUAUGAUAGUGAACCUUGAUUUUAUUAUCAUUAUUAUUAUUGCUGAAACAGUUGCAUUCUACUAGCAGGCGAUGCUGUUCUUUUCCUUGGUCCUCCUAUUUUUUUAGGCACUGUUCAAUGCUGUAUGCCUUCUGUAUUUUAGUGGUGUGGAUGAGCCUUGUUUUCUUUACAGACUAGCAGGCUACUGGGAGCUAACUGAGAAGGCCUGUUAACGUCAUGGCCUUGAAACAGUUCCAUUUAGGAUGGCUAAGAGAUGCAGUAAAAAGUUAGAAGGCUUAAGAGUUGCUUCAUGUGGACAUUGAUUAGUUACAAAGUUAUAUUCACGGCUUACAAAAAUGUGUCAAAAUAAAGAAUAACUCUGUAUUACAGCUUUCACAGUAGAUAUGUGGACAGUGUGUGUUCUUUCCAUUUUGACUCUCUGAAAUAGCUACGCCCUAAAAUCAGGGCUUUUACAAUAAAAAGAUGGCAAUAUUUUACACAACUCAGAUACGAGACCCUUUAGUUACUCUCCAUUAAUGCUUCUGGGUUUAUAAUCCCAUACCUUAUGCCAGGUAGAAGAAUGAAAAUUUUUACAGGUGUGUAAUUUUGAAACUAGUCUUCUAAAAAUUCCCUAUUACUCAUAGCAAUCUAAUAAAAACUACCUAUAUAGUUAAUCUUUUCUUUCCUUUUUUGCCAAAUGCUUCAUAAUAAAUCUCUUAAUAACAUAUAUUCUUCUACUUAAGAUUAAUUUGGAAAUGCUGUAUUAGCAAAAGUCUUAGGACAAUAUAAAAUCCCACACAUGGAUAAAUCUAAUUUGGAAAACAUUAAAAUCUUGAAUAAAAGGUAAUACCUACAUUGUCAAGUAGUUUAAAGGGAGAUGGGUUUAUAGGCUUUUGUGUGGUUUAGUGUUAAGAACAGAUACACUUCAGUAAAAAAUGCUGAUAAGCAUUAGAGAGCCCAAGGAAGUUAUUUGUUCCACUCUAGGAAAUCAUAUUCACCUUGUAGUAUAUAAUGGGAAAAUUAGGAGCAUUAAUAGAAACUUUGGUAGAAUCUGUUAGAAAAAUAAGCUACUUACUGAAAUCUGUUUCUUCCACUGUGUGUUUGCUUUUGAGGGAUAGGUUCUAUCAGAAGUAAAAUCAUCACCAGAUCUGGACCUGUUAAGAAGAACAGGGUUUAUUCUUUAUGUCAAUGAAUUUCAAUGAAAAAGCCACCCAGGCUGCUAUUAUACUAUCUGAGUAGGCAUUAAACAUUAAUAAAUUAUGAUCACCCCUGAAGGUCUAUUUAUCCUGAGUUGGUUUUCUAUGAAGUUUGUCAGGAUGGUGCUGCAGGAAGACCAAAUUUCCUAAAGACAGAAAAUGUACAGGCCAAGUUAUGAAUUACAUAACUUACCAGGGUUAAUCUCAUCAUUUUAUCACAAGAUUCAACAACCCAGAAUAGUCUGUUUUUCAAGAAUUAUGUAGGCCAGUCUUGAGAAAAGGUGUUCAAGUAAGCAAAGUUUGCUAAGUUGUAUGUGUGCUAGAUGACAGACACCUUUACAGCCCCUCUGAGGUGACACAGGAUGUUCUACUGAACACAAGAAAAGCUUGAACACAGGAGCACUACAGCUGCCAGGCAUCGAAGGAAAUUGAGGAGGGAAAAGGGUAGAUUUUUUUUAAGUCAAUUAAGUGGUUUUAGUUUUACAGAGCAUUAAUAUAUAAGCUAACUCUUUUCAGUAGAUGGCAAAGUGGUCUUGGUGUUCAAAAGUGGUGUUUGAGUUAGGGUUCAUGGUCCCUCUCUCAGUUUUUGCUUAGUACAAGUAAACAUUGGUUAGAAGACAAAUAACAAGUAUUCCCUUCUGUACUCUCUACAGAGGGCUCAAUUUGUGGAGAUAUAUACCCUCCAGUGCAAUUCUGUGACUAUCUCUUACAAAGUAUCACAAUCAUCAUAAAAGAGACAGCUAGUAAAUAGGAUAGGGACAUAAUAAGGAUAGGUUAGAAGUUCUCUGUGAGCAGUCUGUGUCUGUAGCAGGCUUGAACCAAAGUUACAGAUUUUGACCCAGUGAACUAGGAGCAGUUACUUGCCCAUUUUGCCACAGUAGUCCGAACACUAAGGGUGGUUAUAGUCAGCAGUUCUGCACUUUCACCACAGAGCAUAUCCGCACUACUAUUAUUCAUUUGUUACUGGCAAAACUGUGCUUGCAUCUUUCCAGAGGCAGAGAGUUUCAAAGAUGGUGUUUGCUUUGAGACAUAAGCACACUGUUUAAGAAAUAAACAUCUCCAGAAAAGGAGACAGUCAAUUUUAUAAAAUGUUCCCUUUAGGUACAAGAUUAUCACCACGUGUACCUAAAGGGAAAUGAAAUAGCUAUUGCAAAUUCAUGUGUGCUAUUUGAUAAAAUAAGCUGUUUCUGUGUGGGAAUUUAUCUCUAGGCAAACAUAAUGAAUACAUCAUACAAAAUUGAAUAUAAUGAUCUAAGUGGGCAUGCUGGACAUCAGAGAAAAGACACCUGCUGCCAUCAGGAGAACUCUUUCUUUCAUCCCAUAGCCACAAUAUUGCCUUUAAGUCUAAAAACAGAAAAAGCUAACUUCUGGAUUUUAAGAAGAAUAAGAUUAGUUCAUUGGUUUUCCUAAUUUUUAUGCCUUGGAUCUCUAAGAGUCCAUUUCAAGUAGAAGAGUCCAGCUGGGGUCAAAGGGUGAUGGUGUUCAAGGUCUGGAUAUUGGGGGGUUUUAGCCCAGAGUGACAUUGAAAUCAAUAAAUAACCUUAUUUUUUAAUGACACAGCACAACUGCCUUGUUAUGAAUUUUUUCUUAAAUGCUAUAUUUAAAAUUAAAAUAUAGAUAUCAAUUUACCAAAGAUACAUGUUACUAAUUCUAAGCAAAAAAAACCCCAAAUCAUCAUAAUUUAAGAAAAAAUAAUCAAAGUGUAGUUUGUCUUAAGAAUUUAGCAGUUAUACUGGAAAACACAUUUUCAACUCCUGUGUUCUAAAGUUCAUGUUCCAAUGGUGCCAGUGAACUUUUAUAUGAAGGGAAAUGCCUGCUUUUUUUUUUUUUUUAACAGCUGUAAUUUCACUUACCCCUUUGCACUUUCCCUUAGUUGCCAUUUAACGUAUGAUACUGGCUUUACUUAUCUCUAGAGAGAAGGCAUGCCACAAAUAGGAAGGAGCUGUAAUAAUGAUAUUUGGCCUCUACUUUGUCUUAGCUGUUAAACUGUUUUUAGUAUUUUUGUUAAAUAUUUGCAAAGGGAAGCAUUUUCUACAGAGGAUAAUUAAUUUCAAGAAAACUAUCUUGAGUUUUAAGAAAUAAACAUCUCCAGAAAAGGAGACAGUCGAUUUUAUAAAAUGUCGCAACUCUCCAACAUUUGGGGUAGUGACUCCUUUUUUGUUAGAACGUUUGAAACUAGCAAGCAGCCAUUGUUUCUAAAAAAUUCAGCCUUCAUGUUGACUCGUAUUUCUUUCAAUUCGUUUUGAAAUAGCUAAGAUCAUUGAAACUGUAAAUAUUUUGUUGCUUGGGUAAGCAUCUUCUGGGAACUUUGUAUCUAUGGUAUAUAAUCAUAGAAUUUUAUAUUUUCAUAUAAAGCUAAUUUUUUUCUAGUUUCAACUCUGUCAUAGUUUUUUUUUUUUCCUUUUUGUGGUGGAUAUGUGAAUUCAACUUUCUGUGUAUUGAAAUAGCAAGAACCAUCUUUGCAUUCCAAAAGAAUCCAACAUGUGUUAUUUCUUGGAGGCAGUGAUUGUGAAAGUUGGGUUUUAUUUUAAUUCCAUUGACCAUUUGUGCAAUAGGAAUUAGACAUAAUUAGUCACUGGACACAUUUGUCACAAUGACCCAUUUGGAAAAAGUGGGGUUUUGGUUGUUUUUUUUAAAUUCAUUUGGGGGGAGGGGUUUUGUAACCUGAAAUUUCCCCUUUUUUCUUCUGUUUAAAACUAUAUCAAAUCAUUCUAUUAUAGUGUUAUUUAAUAUGUAAAUUGUAUUGCUAUACAUAAAAUAAAGUAUGGUUUUUGAUGUA